CUGAAACCAAUCAUCUUCUCCCCUACUUCAUCACGCCUUCCCUAAACAAUAUCUAUAUAUAUAUACACACACACACACACUCAGCAGCCAUUGAUUUCAGACAUGUAAUGGGGAUUGUGGGGGGAAAAGGAGGAAAAAAGGGGAAAUUUUUUGAUCGGAAAUUCAAGAAAUGGAGAAUUCAUUCAGCGGUGAGUGGCCGGAAAAGGGCCACGGCGGCGCCGGGAGCGCGUCCGUGUCAUUCCCGUGGUCGUUUCCCGGCGAUUACUCAUCCGCCGCCGCCUUUCUGUCGUGGCCGGCGCAGCCGUUUGAGGAGGCCGGCGACGACCGGGCUCUGAGCGCCUCCAAGAGCCACAGCGAGGCGGAGAAACGCCGCCGCGACAGAAUCAAUGCGCAGCUCGCCACUCUCAGGAAACUGAUUCCCAAGUCGGAAAAGAUGGACAAGGCGGCUUUGUUAUCAAGCGUAGUAGACCACGUGAAAGACCUAAAGAGAAAAGCCACGGAAAUCACCGAAGCUCUCGCCGACGUUCCCACCGACACCGACGAAGUCACCAUCGACGACCAACAUUCCUCAACCGCCGCCAUUAACGACGACCAAACCUCAACCUCCUCGAACUACCUCAAGGCCUCGGUCUGCUGCGACGACCGGCCGGAGCUUUUCGCGGAGAUAAACCGCGCCCUGAAAGAUCUCCGGCUAACGACGGUGCAGGCGGAUGUGACGAGUUUAGGCGGCAGGGUUAAAAGCGUCUUUGUGCUGCAGCUUUGCCCCCCCGACAUGGACGCGGUGGAAAGCUCGAAUCAUAAUAUGAUGAAUUCUGUGAAACAUUCUCUUAAGGUUGCGUUGUGUAAGAUUGCCAUACCGGCUUCUACUACUAGUUAUCGUAUCAAAAGUAAGAGGCAAAGGUUUUUCUUGCCUGCACAUUAUCAUUAAAUUAAAUCCCUCCCUCACUAUUUUAUAUUAUAUUCUCAAUUAUUACAUUAUAUUAUGUAUAUAUACUUCAUUUGAUCUUCAUUAUGUUUGA